CUUCAAUAGAAAGCACUAUUGCUGGACAACUUUGCAGUCCUUGAUCGUGCAAUGAUCGAGCACAAUCUUCUAAGUGCAAGCAAACUAUACACUAAUAUAAGCAGGGUAAGCAAAGACACUCAUAUGACUAUGUUAUGAAAAUGAUGGCCUAUUUAGAUUUCUAUUCGAGCAGUUGCUGCAGCUCAUGAUGGAUUGAAGGCAAGAGAGUUACUGAAAGAGAGCCCCAUAACAUAGACAUCAUUCUAUCAUAUGAUGGAUUGAACCAUGGAUAUAAUGUA